UGGGCUCAGAGUUCUGUUCCCCAGCAUUGAAAGGCUGGCUCUGCAAUUCAAGUGUAGUUCUUUCCCUGAGCCUCAUCUGGCACACGGGCUAAGACCACCAUAUCCAGGCUCCCAAGGAGACAUAAUAGGCUCACCAGAAGUGCUCAAAACAGCAAAAGGACAGAGGAGAUAGGCAGGGGAAAGCCACAGGGUUGUGUGGUCUGCUCUCCUUGCAUAGAGGCCUUGUUCUAGUAGCCCCUUGGCCAGGCAAAGUGGUUCUGGCUUGAGCCUGCUGUGCCUAGGCCAAGGUGUGUGUCAGUCUUGGCUGGAGCAUCUGUGACUCAUGUUGGGUAUGAGCCCAGCAUGGGGAGGUGGCCCAGAACAUUGGCUUCACCCCAUCUACCCCUCCUAUGGCCAUGGCUCACAGUGCAUGCCCGUUUUUUUUUUUUUGUUUUUUUUUCUGUUUCUACACAGGAUCUCUCUCCAUAUGUAGCCCAGGCUAGCCUGGAACUCACCAACAGCCAUAAACUCCUUGGUGCGUGACUGCUGCACAUGUCUUUGUAUGCCCCACCAGGGAAUGUGCCCAGGAUAUCUUGGAGGCUCAGCAGUUAUCCCAGGUGGUGACAGGCCUCCCUCCAGACACAAGGGGGAGGGGUUGGAGAGCCAUCUCUAUACUCAGAGCCCUAAUUUUCCUUCCAUGUUGGACCAUCAGGACAGCUCAGAUCCUCUUGUCCCAUCAGGGCCCCAGUUCCGAGUUCUAGAACCCUACAUACUGCUAGGGAGUGGUCAGAACUCAGCUGAAGUCAUAAAGACAUUUGGGCGCCCCGGUCCCAAGGCUGGGCUAUCAGGGCUGGUGGCUUCAGCUCUGGGGAUAGGUGAGUGGGCUGGUGGGGGACCACACUCAGCUCUUGCUAAGAAUGUCUGCGUCCUCUGGCUGUGGUAGGUAGCUAGGCCCUUAGAGAUAGUAUUUGGGGUCCCCCAAGCCUUGAUGGUACUAUCCCUUGGGCAUCAACCCUGUGAGCCUGUUUUCCCUUCUCCAGCACCAAGGUAGGGUGGGCUUGCUCUGCAUGACUAAGAGGGAGCCCUGUGCUCACAGCUGUCCCUAGACAACUGCCCUGGUACCCUCCAUAACCUCUUCCCACCCUACAACCUUGUUUCUCCCCACUCUGUACUCUCAACAGGGUUUACAUAACCUGGUGGCUUUUCUUUCUUUUUUUCUUUUUUUUUUUUUUUUUUUUUGGUUCUUUUUUUCCGGAGCUGGGGACCGAACCCAGGGCCUUGCGCUUCCUAGGUAAGCGCUCUACCACUGAGCUAAAUCCCCAGCCCCCUUUCUUUUUUUCUUUAAAAAGGGUCUCACGUAGCCCAGGCUACCCUUGAACUCACUAUAUAUAGAUGGGGAUGACCAUGAAUUUCUGAUCCUCCUGCUUCCACCUCCUGUGUGCUGGGCUGACAGGUAUUCAUCACCACCACAUCCAGCUUUGUAGCCCAAGCCGUCCUGGAACUCACAACAAUCCUCCUGCCUCAGAUGCCAACUUGCCUCAUUUUAUGGGGUGCUAGAGAUGGAGCUCACAAUCCUUCACACACUCAUCAAGGCCCUGCAACGUGAGCUCUAGCUGUGCUCACAUGCCAGUUUCUGCUCCCCAGGUCCCAGGGUCCGAGCCCCACUUUCUCUGUGACAUGGACAUCAUCUGGUAUGAUGACAAUCACUGAUUGUGAGCCUGCUGACAGCUCCUCCCAGCAUACUGGGGUUGUCUAACAAGUACCCUGUACACAUGAAUGUUCUGGGAUUUAGAUAAAGAUAGUUGGGGUUGCAGAGCUCACAGAAUGGGGGCUCAGUUGCUGACCCUACACUGGCUCAGUGUUGAAGCCAGGGGUGUCUUGAGUGCCUGGGGGACACGGUGACCACUCCAGGACUGAGGACACCCCUGGGACCUGUCCUGAAGGAGAGGGCUGGUGGUCACCCUGGUUGACUGGAGUCAGCGAGCCAGGUUCUGCUGUGGACCCUAUAGUGACCGUGGACAGAACCAGCCCAGAGCGCUGCUGUGUACAUUUCUUGGAAUGAAGAACUGAAGACAGCCUCCCCUUACAGGCUGGCUUCCAAGAUUACACCUUCUUCUGCUCCUUUUCCAACUCUAUGACCCUCCAAGACUUCUCUGGCCGGCUCAGGAAUGGCAGCAAUGCAGCCUGCAGCUCAGCUCCAGUUCCAGAACCUCAUGUCACCAAGCAGGCCAUGUCUCCCUCAGCCUACCCCCAUUCACCAAGAGAAAGUGGCCAAGCUACGUCCUCAGAUCCAGAAUGACUCCUAUCCGCCCAAGGAGCUGACAGUGUUAGCGUCACAGGAAGUGCCCCGCCUGCGGGCGGUGGUGGAGAGCCAGGCCUUCAGGAACAUCCUGGUAGAUGAGAUGGACAUGAUGGUCUCACGGGCAGCCACUGUCAUCCAAGCCAACUGGAAGGGCUACCGGCUGCGGCAGAAACUCAUCUCCCAGAUGACAGCAGCCAAGGCCAUCCAGGAGGCCUGGCGACGCUUCAGCACCCGCAGGCUGAUGCACUCCAACAAGCUGACGGCUAAGAAAGCUAAGAGGGAGGAUGAUGGGGACAUCCCUUACCACCAGCCACAGCAGGUGCGCUUUCAUGCCCCAGAGGACCAGUCACCACUCAUGGUGACUAAAGAGACUCAGUUCCCAUCAUCUGACAACCUGGUCUCCUCACAAGCCACAGCAGGCCCCUGUGCUAGCAGAGUCCCCAGAGGUGGCCUCGACAGACACACAGGUCCCAAGCAUCAGCCCUGCAUGUUGACCAAGACUUUUCAGAGCUCUUGUCUCAUGAGACACUUGGAGGGGGACAGUGUGAAGAUCAGGCAUGUGGCUUCCAAGACCAUCAAAGUGGGGACCCUAGAGCCAGCAGCAACAGGGAGAUAUGGCCAGGCCAUUCAUGGAUCCCUGAAGACCCAGACCCAGACCCACACAGAAACAGAUGUUCCCAAGGUCCCACUGCAUAUAUAUCAAAUCAACAAGGUCCCUACCAAGGUGUGUCCAGCGGCUGCUGCUGCCCCCAAAUCCCCAGCCACAAUGUCUACAGCACCAAAGAGUGCACCACAGACACGCCCCUCAUCCCCAGCAACAGUCACGACAGUCACGACAGUCACGAAGAUGCCAGCUCCAACCAGCCCAACCUCUCCGAUGAUCAGGCCCUUGGUUCCUGUGCCACCCAACUCUUCACUCUCUAGUACUACACCGCAGAUGCAGGUUCGUUCCAUGGUCCCUGGGGUCAGGGCACAGCCCCCAGUGUCUGCUGUGUCCCCUACAAUCAAGGCCUUACCACGCUUAGGAACUUUUGUCACCAAGGCCCCACUGCAAACUGGCCCUGGGUUCGCAGUGACAAAGAACUUAAUUCAGACACGCCCGGUGACCAGAAGCCAAGCUCAGACAUGCGCAGUGUCCACUCCAUCCAAAACCUGCCAGUCAAGCCCCACGGUCAAGCCUUCACCCCAGACACGCCUGGCAGCCAUGAUAACCAAGACCCCAGCUCAAUUACGAUCCGUAGCUGCUGUCUUCCGGACCCUGUGUGGUGGCUCAACUGAGGCGGCGGUACCCUCAAGUCCCAAGAGUUCAUCUCAAAGUCCGGUGAUUGCCGGUAACACUGCAUCCCAGGUCCACUUAACUAACCCAAAGGCCAAGGUCACCGUGAGCACCAAGCAGACCCCCGCCGUUGUCAAGGUGGCCUCUCAGUCGUACUUGGCCGAGGGGAAGGGCAGGUGCGGGCCCCAGGGAAAUCUAGACAUUAUUCCUAAGCCUCCUCCAGCCAAGUCGCCACUGGAAGUAGAAAAGAUGAAGCCUUGUCCUGCAAGGGCCUCCAAGAAGGAAGCAGCUCUCAAGACCAACACAACCAUUGCAACCAGGGCUCUGUCUUGGACAAAAGUGAUGGAAGACAGGAGUAAGGCCCUGACUCAGAUCGAGCAGAGGGCAGAGAUUGUUAAGGUUCACUUCAGGGUGUACAUGCCCGAGGAGAUAACUGUGACCCUGUCCCAGGCCCAGCUGGCUGUGCCCCUGACCAAGACCUGCCCCCAAACCCGGCCAUCCCCCUGCCAUGCCCGAACUCUGUUGGCCUCACCCUGCUGUAAAGCUCUGUCCCAGUCUUGCACACCAUCCAGGCUGGCCCCAGGCACACCUGAAGGACGGCGUCCACCUGUAGGUCUCUCUGCCUCUCUAUCCUCCUCGCCACUGGCUGCACACCUGAUGUCCCUCACAGCCCAGCUCCAACCUGCCGGUGAACAGGCCAGAUCUGUGUCUCGAGAUCAUCCGACCACGUCACGUCCAACCUCGGCUUGCCCGCAGUCACGCUCCUCUGGGAUGACCUCAGUCCCUCCUGAGGUAUACCCACACACAUAUUCACACAUCUCUGCUCCCCAGCACCCCAUGGCCUCUAUCCUGACAAAAAACUCCUCUCAGCUGCGUCCACCUGCUGAGCAUGUCAAGACCAUGAACGCUAAAACCGCCAAGGCAGCAUGCCAGGUCUGUCCAUCCGCUAAGCUUAACAAGGCCCCGUCCCUGGCCCAGCUCAUUACGUGUCUGGCUAAGGUUCCAUCCCAGGCCCAGAUAGCCACGGAAACAGCCAAGUGCCUCUUGACUGCCCACCCUCCCACUGACCUUAGUAGCAAGACCCAGUCGCAGACAUUCCUGAGCACUUCCAAGGCAUCUGUCCAGUUGUGGCAACAUUUGGGGACACUUAGCACCGGACCCCGUGCCAAGCCAGAUGACAGGAGUGUAGCCCAGCCCCAGCCCCAUAGCCAUGCACCAAACAAGACCGUGCAGAACUCUCGUUCAGUGGCCACAGAUCCCCAAGGCAUGCUGGUACCUCUGAUGACACCCAGUGGACACCCUGUGUGCAAUGCAGAAUCCUGGGGUGACAGUGGACGGCCACGGACCCCACCUCCAUCCCCUAUGCCCAACCAGGCAGUGUCAUGCCACGAAGACCUGGCAGCAUCCAUCGCAUCUCUAUGUGCAGACUUGGUGGCCAUGCUGGGCUCCCCUGAGGACCUGCGGGCACUCCUGGUCAAGACACUUUCUCAGGGGGAAGUAAGGACAGCAUUGAGCCAGGCCCUGUCCCGGGAGGUCCUGGGACCAUCUGUGGUCAAGGCCAUGCCUCAAGGCAUGCUGGGAAUGGCACUGAUGAAGGCACUGUCAUGGGGUGAAUUGGGCAUCUCCCUGUCCCGGGCCCUGUCUCGUGGUGAGCUGCGUCCAGAACUCAGCAAGGCCACACAGGGAAAGCUGGCCGAGGUCCUGUGCAAAGCCUUGACAGAAGACGAGAGGGCCACACUCAGCCAGGCACUGUGCCAGGGUGAGCUGGGUGCUGUCUUCACUCAGUCCUUGGCCCAAAUGGCCCAGAGGACAGGUGCCUUCCUCCCUAAGGCCUCCUCAAAAACAGUGGGGAGUCGGAUGACCACAGCGCCUGCCCCAAUGGAGGUGACUUGCAGCGGGAGUCUGUCGGUGGCGUGGGGACCUACGAUGGGUCCUGUAGGAGCACGGUGUAGCAAGGUCAGGCCACCAUGGGAGGGCUUGCCCUGGGAACAACCUGAUGGGAUCCCGUGGGACAAAAGUGUUGGGAUCACAUUGGAAGGGUCACCCUGCUCGCCGCAGUCCCUCAUAGGCUCCUUUUCCGGAGGGACGGUCACCAGCACUUACUGCUGUCCCCUACUCAAAAUGCCCACACUGUCGAGGGAGGUAGGUUCAGUCCUUUAUUCUGGUCUAUACCUGAGGUCGUUGGAUCUUGACUCCAUGGCAUGUGGUGAGGGUCCCCAUGUUCCCAAACGACCUUCCCAGCCACCACCCCCUGGUCUAUGGCAGCCACUUGUUGCCAACGGUGUAGGUCCAAGCAGUAACCAACCAUCCGUGACCAGUAAUAGCCCAGUCCCAAGCUCCCACCAGCCAUCUGUGGCCAGCAGGGUACCCUACCCAGGGUCGUCGUACCGAGAGGGCAACGUGGUAGCCAGCAAGCCCUCAGGUCGCAUGGGUGACGGGAACUCCCCCACGUCCCUGUGGCCCUCUACCACUUGUCAGAGCAAUGUGUGUCAGUGUCCAACCCAGGGGAUACACAAGAAGUCUCCCUGUAGCUAUUGCUCUUCCCUAAUCAGGAGUCACAGCUCAUUGCCCAAGGAGACUUGUAAGCAGAUUCUGCUGUCGGGUCACAAUCGAGUAUUGUCACCACCGGGCAGUAAGGAAAUGGCCACUAUUGUCAGGAACGUGGCAGACGAACAGGGUAGUGAUCAGCCAUCACCUGUACUCCUCAAUCCUAAGUCGCAAACCGCCUCCAACAGGUCCACCCCCAAACUGGAGAAGCGCCCUCAAGUGCCUUUAACCCCCCCAUUUCAUGCCCAGACCACUGGCCAGCACAAGUCCCUUCUGGAUGAGUUACUGGCCAAGAUCCCACAGCACCCACAGAUCGUGUUAGCCAAGAGCUAUCCCAGGACCCACUGCCAAGACAGCUGUGACUCUCAGAGCUCCCUGAAGAGCAGCCCCUCAGACAAGCCCUCCGUACCAUCUAGCUUACCACCUUCAGGAGUUCUGGAAUGCAGCAAGGAGGGUGAUAUGCAGGACUCCCAGCCAAUGGCGAAUGAGAUCAGAGAGGCGAGGUACAGGCUCCAGGGGCAGCUGGAGAGAACAUGUCCACCCAGUCUUCAGCACACACUCCCCAAGUCCCAACGUCCCCCUCUGGGACUUGGGCCCUUCCUCUCUAGCAGCAGCCUGGCCUCAAAUGUCCACUGGGACUCUGACAGUGCGUCUGACUAUAGUACUGGGGACCUGACUGAGGCGCUCUGCCAGAACACAGCUACACCCUGGCAUAAGAAGGAUCAGGUUCGUGCCAGAGACCGGAAGCCAAGUGGGGUCACCUGUCUGGAUCCUGUCUUACCCAAGGACACGCGGACUCAGAGGGGAGCCCCAAGCCCUGGCCAGGCACGCAAGGCCAGCGAGGGAUCUCAGCGCCUGAGCCAACCAUUAGAGGCCAAGGGGCUGUCUCCAAGCUCACCUCACCCUGCAGGGUCCAAGAGUGUGUCUCCAGGCCUGGCUCAGUCAUCCCCGGGCCGUGGGGUGACCCUGAGCCUGGCUCAGCCAUCCCCGGGCCGUGGGGUGACCCCAAGGCUGGCUCAGCCAUCCACAGGCCCUGGGGUGGCCUCAAGCCUGGCUCAACCAUCCACAGGCCCUGGGGUGGCCCCAAGCCUGGCUCAGCCAUCCCCGGGCUGUGGGGUGACCCCAAGGCUGGCUCAGCCAUCCACAGGCCCUGGGGUGGCCUCAAGCCUGGCUCAGCCAUCCACCAGCCCUGGGGUGGCCCCAAGCCUGGCCCAUCCAUCUGUGGCUACCAGGGUGUCCCCAGCUUUAGCCCAGCCAUCCAUAGACACUGGGUUGUUUCCAGGCCUUACAGAACCGUUGAUAUAUUAUGGGUCACCUACAAAUUUUAGUCAACCAUUUGUGUAUGCUGGAGGGUCCCCAAUCUAUACCCAGAAACAUGUGGCCUCUAGUGCACCAUCGAACUUUACGCAGACAUCUGCUACUGGUGUGGUGACCUUAAACAGCCAGUCAGUAAGCAUUGGGGCAACUUCAGGCCAGGCCCAGCCAUCUGCCGCUAUCCACGGAGCCCCCCGGCCCACUCAGUCACCUCUGAGUAGCUGGCCACCACCCGGCGGCUCCUCCAUGCCCACACAGGUUGCAGGGCAUCCAGACUCAGUCCAGACAUCUGUAGCCCCCGGGAUGUUUCCAGGCUUUUUCCAACCAUUCCCGGCCUACAGCGUGCCUUCACAUUUCACUCAACCUUAUAUGGCCACGGUUGUAACCCCCAACUAUGUGCAGCCAUGUGUGUCCCACGGCAUGUCACCAGGCCUAGCCCAGGCUUUCGUGGUCAGUGUUAGGUCCCCAACGCUGGCCCAUGUGUCUGUGGCCAACAGGGCAUCUCCAAACCACAGUCAGCCAACCACAGCCAGCACUGUGGUCCCUGGGGUGCUCAAGGUGCCUCUGUCCAACAGGGUACCCCCCAACCUCAACUCCCCGUUUCUGGCUCCCAGAAUGUACCCUGAUCUCUCAAAUGCACCUGCGGCCACCUUGGGAACCCUGAGCCUGUUGCCGCCCACUGUGGUAUGCGGUGUGGGUCGUGGGGUGAGCAAACCAGCUUUCAGCCCACAGCAGCACACACUGCUGGACAGCAGCACAACUCAAAGCCAGCCCUCCAUGCCCAACCAAGGGGGGCUGCAGCCAUGUGUGAAGAGUACACCAGGCCAGCCAUCUUUGGGCAUCUGCAGCAGCUCAGGUGGAAACCUCCCUCAGGGCUCCACAGUUCACUCUGAGCCGACCCAGGCCAACAAGGGGCCCCCAAGUCCUAUGGUUCAGACCAUGCAUGGCCACCCUUCUGUGGCUCCUGUCGAGGACAAUGGCCUGGCCAUAGGGACCAGUGUUCCAUGCCAGGCUUUGUUCAGGGGCAUAGCCCCAGGGAUUCCCCAGGGGCCUCUGACUACUGGACUGUUCUUAAGUGUGUGUCAGGGGGCCAACCCACCCCCCAUGGCUGCCUGGGCCUCGCCUGCAGAUAUCCACUGGACUCAGAAUCAGGCGGCCAUGGCCGCAGGUGUGGGCCAGAGCCCAUGCCCAGCCACGGUGCCCACGAUGCAGGUCCCACCUGAGCUCUUCCCAAACCAGCUGGCCACCAGCAUCCCUCAGCCCUGUGCCACUCUCCCUAUUGCAUUAGACCCCCAGCUCUUCUCGAUGGCCACUAUGGUUCCACCCAGUUACCAAUACGUAGGUAUGAUCAUUGCAGAUGCAGCAGGUGCUGUGGGCGGGACUUUGCCCCAGGCUUCUGUAGAUGGAAAGGUGUCUUCAGCCCCGGCCCCCAAGCCUGUGUUUGAAAGCAAAACUCCGAACCUUCCUCAAGUGUCUAUGACCAGGGGUGUAGGCAGGAGUGUCCCUGCUGAGUUCAUGGCAGAUGGCGUAACCCAGAAAGUGCCCCCGGAGUCCAUGGUGGAUGGCUUGGUUCAGAGUGUACCUCCUGAGUCCAAGGCAGAGGGUGUGGCCCAGAAUGUUUCCCCAGAGUCCACUGUAGGUAUCAGGACCCAGAACCUACUGACAAAAUCAGUGAUUAGUGGUGAGGGUCAGAGCUCCCAUGGAGAUGCUGGGGCCAGUGAUGUGGCCCUUGGCCAACCUCCAUGUCCUGUGGCUAGCAAUAAGGCCCCUAGUCACCCUCAAAAGAUUGAUGGCAGUAGGGAGAAGUUGAGCCCAGCUAUCGAACCCUCACCAAACUCCCAUUGUCCAAGCCCGUGGUCGAGUUUUGUGGCCAGCAGGCCAAGUAACCUGGUCCCAGGGGGGUCCAUGCUGGUAGGGAUCUGUCCACGUCCUUUUCAGGUGACACAGUACAAGGAAGCUUCCCAGGUCUCCUUCCUGACACCUUCUGUCACCAAGCUGGCCAAUGAUUGCACACCAGCAACUCAGAAAUUGGCUGAAGACCCACAACACCCACCCUCACAGAUUAGCCAAGACCCUGGGCAGACAAAGCUUGUAGGUGUUGGUGACCUGACCUUGCCAAAGCCAGGACAAAUGGCUAAAACCACGUCCUCAACCGUGACACCUAGCACAGACUCUGUCAAACCUGAGGGCAUUCAGACUGAGUCAAAACUGGGGGCAUCACAGACAGGCCUUGGUGCCACAGGAAGAGAGAGACGUGGGCAUAUACCUCUGGCAGCAGAAAAUGUUCCCAAAGACCAAACAUUCUCAAAGACCCUGUCUAACAAGGAGGUUCCUAAACAAGUCCAGAGUUUAGGUAAGCACCCCACAGUCAGUAGCAAUACUGUUCAGCCCUUAGCCUCAGAAAGCAAGAGUGAUCUCCCCAGCCUCCACUCUGGUCCCAGGAUCCCGAGCCGGCAGGAGACCCCUGUGGACAAUUCGAGCCAACCUCUGGCUUAUAAUGUCUCAGUGGCACCACAGCUGAGUACAGGCAGAGCUGGGACAGCCGAGCUGCCUCUAGGGCUAGAGGGGGCCAAGCCUGGAAACCCCAGGGCUGUCCAGAGCUCAGAAGGGACAAACUCAGCACCCCCGCCUAAAAUCGGGGCAUCAAGUGCCUCCCAGAUUGGAGAACCUCAGAGCCACACGAAGAGGGACCACCAAGAGUCCCUCACUGCUAGAAAGUUCUACCAAUCCAGUCAAGGCAACUUUGUCUCAGAACUUCUAGAAGGUUCCAUGGACAGAUUGCUCCCCUUUAGUUAUCCACUCAAGCCAGUGUCUCGGGCCUCAUCGGACAGUCACAGGGAGCCCUCAGGGGCUUCCACAGUGGGUGUCAUGCCCAUCAUCCACGUGGGGGUUGUGAGGGGACAGAAGACAUCCUCAGGAGGCCGGAGGGUGUCUCUGGUCCAUGAGCCAUCAUCAGAUGACCCCCAGAGACCCCUUCUUGAUGAGUCUGCUAAGGAUGCCAGGCAGGCUGGCCAGCCAAGAACAGUGCUAAGCCUGACCACACACCUCGAUCAAAGGCCCCCUUCUGCCAGAGGCCCCAGAGUUAGCUAUGAUAAGGGUUCCCUGGUCCCAACCAUGUCCCAUGGCCAAAAUAUUGAGUCCAUCAACAGUUCUGUCACUGGCUAUGAUGGGAGAUCACAAAUGAUGGGAGGUGUGGCUGCACCUCCCAGCCAAAAACAUGAAGAGGUCAGAGUCCCUAAAACUAGUUUUGAUGAGGGCUCUCGAAAAGUCACCACCACGCACUAUGGCCACAGACUUCACCAUAUCACAGUGCGCAAAACCACCCUUGAUGGGAGUUCCCAGGGCCCCAGAACCAUGCCCCUGAACCACAGACCCCAUCUCGUUACAUACCCUAAAACUGGCCAUAAUACGAUGUCCCCACCCCCCACUGUACCCCAGGGCCCUGUGGAUGCCGGCCUGGCUGCUGGCCAGUCAUGGAAUUCCAAAGUCCCCAACGUAUCGGUCAGAGCCACAGCACAUGCUGGGGCACCUCCAGGCAUAUGGCCCAGCAGGGGCCACAAGCCAUGGGACCCCUCUGGUGCAGAGGCAGCGCUGGACCGCAAGCCUUCAGCUGAGCUGCUGAUGUCAGUACAAGCUAUGGAGAAAGUUGUCGUCCAGGCCGUUGUCACCAUCCAAGCUUGCACUCGUGGCUACCUGGUGCGCCGUACUGUGAAAGUGUGGCAUCAAUGGGCCACCAUCAUCCAAGCUACGUGGCGUGGUUACCGUGUACGUCGGAAUCUGGAAAGGCUGUUCAGAGCCACCACCAUCAUCCAGGCUGCCUGGCGUGGCUAUUCCAUUCGCCGGGCCCGGACUCGCCAUAUCCUGCUUCCUACUGCGUGGCCAGAGCACGGUGGCAGAACCCAGGGAAACUUGGACAGCAGAAGCAGCUCAGAGCACCGAUGCUUCCUAUCCUGUCAGCCAGAUGUCUGCAGUGUCUGCCAAUCCCUGGGUCCCCCAGUAGAGAGUCCACCCAGCGUUGUGAUGCUUGUGGGGUCCCAGCCACGCACUUGUCACGUGUGUGGCCACACGCUGUCCACGCGCGUGGUGCAGGGCUUUGGCCAGGGCGCCUCAGUCCACUCCGUCUCUCGAUGGACCUCAGCAUCCCAGCAGAGCACUCUUAGCCAGCAGCACAGAGCGUGCACCAUCAUCCAGGCAGCCUGGAAGGGCUACAGGACCCGCCGGCAGCUCCGUCAGCAGCAGUCUGCAGCCAAGAUGGUUCAGGCCAUGUGGAGGGGACAUUAUACUCGAAGCUGCCUCACCACGGAUGCACUCCUGGGAACAGGAGGCCCGUGGAGCAUCUCCAGGGACAUUUCACGCCGUACCUCAAGGGCUUACUCUUUGCAUUGGCCUGGCGUCUAGGCCCCUCCCUGGCUGUGGGCAAGAGACACCAUCAUGGCCACGUGGCCCCAUGAGUCUUGUGAAUAAAGCAUGCUACAGCCUGA